AUGGAGACGUUAAAGGCAGUCUUCUUUGGGCCUGACCCCCAAGUUCAGAUGAGAAAAUGCAAUGCCCUCAUCCGCGCAAAUACCCGGCAACUCGACCGAGACCUCAACCAGCUCAAAAUCCUUGAUAAUAAGACACGACAAUAUAUCAUUAAUGCCUCCAAGCGAGCGCAGAGAAACCCAUCGCAAGCAAAACAAGCAAUGAGCGAAACCAAGACAUUUGCCCGAGAGCUGGUGCGAAUCCGCAAGCAAAGUUCGCGUUUAAACACGAGCCGCGCUCAAUUACAAAGCGUGGGGAUGCAAGUCAACGAGGCGUUUUCCGUUCGCAAGAUUCAAGGCAGUCUACAAAAGUCGACCGCGAUCAUGAAAGAUGUGAAUACAUUGGUGCGAAUGCCGGAGCUUCAACAUACCAUGCAUCAGCUUUCUACGGAGUUGAUAAAGGCCGGGAUUAUCGAGGAAAUGGUGGACGAUGCCAUGCCUAUUGAUGAUAUGCUGGAAUCGGAGGACCUCGAGGCCGACGAAGAGGUAGACAGGAUUUUACAGGAGAUUUUGCAGAGCAAACUUUCCCAAGCACCGGCCAAGCCCGAGUCGCCAGUCGAGGAGGCCCCGGUUGCCGAGCCAGAAUUCGAGGACCAGGAAGCGACCCUCGAACAAAUGCGAGACCGCCUGGAAGCCCUAAAGAGUUGA